CAUCACCUUCGUCAUCAUCCCAAAAAAAAAAAAAAAAAGCAUACGAAUAAGAAGAAGAAGAAGAAGCUGGUGUAAUUUUGAUCUAUCAGAAAAUAAAACAAAAUGUUAGCGAUUUUUCACAAAGCUUUUGCUCACCCACCAGAGGAGCUUAACAGCCCUGCAUCCUACAAUGGUUCAAAGAAGCCAAAGCUCCCUCAAGAAACCCUCAAAGACUUCCUCUCUCGCAACCCUCAAAACACCUUCUCCAUGACCUUUGCCACUGCUGCUGUGCUCGCCUAUAUCCCACCUCAACGUCCUUCCCUUCAACAGAGGUUGUUCUGUGGGUGUGAUGACAUAUACUGCAUCUUCUUGGGGAACUUGAACAACCUUUGCGUACUGAAUAAGCAAUAUGGUCUGUCAAAGGGCUCCAACGAGGCCAUGUUUCUCAUAGAAGCUUAUCGGACCCUCCGAGACCGUGGUCCGUACCCGGCUGAUCAGGUCCUCAAGGAUAUGGAUGGAAGCUUUGCAUUUGUUGUGUACGACAGCAAGGCUGGUACCGUGUUUGCUGCUCUGGGUUCUGAUGGUGGAGUCAAACUGUACUGGGGUAUUGCAGGGGAUGGUUCUGUUGUAAUUUCUGAUGAUUUGGAGAUCAUUAAAGAAGGCUGUGCUAAAUCCUUUGCUCCUUUCCCAACAGGGUGUAUGUUCCACAGUGAAGGUGGUUUGAUGAGCUUUGAGCAUCCAAUGAAUAAGAUGAAAGCAAUGCCUAGGAUUGACAGUGAAGGUGCCAUGUGUGGAGCCAACUUCAAAGUCGACAAAUACACGAGGGUUAACAGCAUUCCACGUGUUGGAAGUGAAGUCAAUUGGACUGACUGGAACUUUAAUUAGCCUCUUCUAUUUAACAGCUUUUAAUUUCCUAUUUGUGUUUUUUCGUUUUUCUUUGUUCAAGCUUGUAUCUCUAAAUCUACUAAUUUGUUUAAAACAAGUAUAAGCAGUAAUAUGGUCCUCCUCCACAUUUGAUUUUGGGUUUC